GGCAGACGUGCUCAGCAACAGCAGAGAUCGUAUCUUUCCUGAAGCUGCAAAAGGGUUAAUCGAGAUUGUGUUUAUGAAACCAGGUUCCUUACCCUUAAAAGCUUUACUGUGAUCUUUUUUGAUGCUUUUGGAAGAUUUAUCGCUUCUGUCUUUGUAAUUUAUGUUACGUUUUUCUUUCCUUGUUUUUUGAAACUUUUGAUUAUAUGUAUGAUAUUGUUAAAAUUAACAACAAUAAGCAGCUUUUCUGGGCAAACCCUAAAUUGCAUGCCUCUUGGGUACAAACCGAGAACGUGACCGUCUUCACAUGGAUGGCAAAAGGCUUUUGGCUGGGGUGGCUGGGGUGGUUGAAUGAGCGAGUGUAGGGCAUCUGAAAUGCAUCUGUAGCUUAUAAACAAAGCCAGCAGAAGGAUUCGCAUCCCCCAGGCAGGCAGAGAGCCGUACAGAUGCUUUUUCUCGAGAGGCCUUUUGUAGUAAUGGUCGCACUUGUGGCUGAGUUUACUCACGUGUGCAGGGAGGGGGGCGGGUGGCUAUUCAGGGGAGUAUUAUUUUUCAUCAGGGAGAUUGAAGAUACUGCUGUUGAUCGGGAAACUUCUUUAUGUGGAGACUCUCCAAUGAAAUGGAGCACCUGUGCCCAUGCAGCACUUUAAAAACGUUAAACAGGAUGUUCCCUCUGAUGGGAAUCGUUGAUUGUGCUUUCGGUCGGUCUGCCUCUCCAGCAGAUGUACCGCGGCGAAAUUUUUGCAACCUAAUAAAAUAUUACAGGAUGCUUCACCUCGAGAGGAAACUUGAUUGCUGCUUUCAGCCAAUGCGUCUGCGAAACCAGGACAAGGAAACCUGCAUGGGUGUCAACAAUCAAAGUUACAUAUGUGAAACGGGCCACUGUUGUGGACAAUCCCAGUGUUGCAACUACUACUAUGAACUCUGGUGGUUUUGGCUGGUGUGGACCAUCAUCAUCAUUCUCAGCUGCUGUUGUGUUUGCCAUCACCGACGCACCAAGCACCGUCUGCAGGCCCAGCAGCGGCAACAUGAGAUCAACCUGAUCGCUUACCGGGAAGCCCACAACUACUCAGCCCUGCCCUUCUAUUUACGGUUUCUGCCAAAUUAUUUACUACCUCCCUACGAGGAAGUGGUGAACCGACCGCCAACCCCACCACCGCCAUACAGUGCCUUACAUCAGCAGUGCGUCCCAGCAGGCAGCAGUAGCACAAUCCCAGACACGCCAAGAAACCUGCAGCCAGCACAGAGCAGCUCGGCAGCACCCAGCGGCAAUAACAGCAGUACUGACAACACCGGGUUGCCCGGCCUCGGGGACCCCGAGCCUUCCACCGCCGCGCUGGUCGAGCGAGCAGUUGCCAAAAUGCAGAGCGUGGAGCCCGGUGGUACCAGCACGGGAGCUGAGCUAGUGGAGAGGGCCAGUCCCGAAAAGGAUGCGGAGUGCAAGGAGGAACUGCUAAAAGGUUACAGCUCUGAGAGCUUAGAGCAGAGCAGCGCGAUUCCCGACGCGAAGGACAAGACGCCGGGCAGGCAGCGCCGCUUCACGGGCGACUCGGGCAUCGAAGUCUGUGUAUGCAACCGGGGCCAUCACGACGACGACCUCAAGGAGUUCGACGGGCUCAUCGAUGAUGCUCUGGACGGGCCCCUGGACUUCUGCGACAGCUGCAGCGGCCGCCCGCACGGGGAUGAGGAGGAAGGGCUUUUUAAUGCCGCGGAAGAGCAGCACCGUGAACACAGCCACCACCACCUGCCCCGGCAGCCGGUGUGUGUACUCUUGAACACAAUAAAUGAGCAGGACUCUCCAAACUCUCGUACCAAUAACUCCCCCAGCUAAGGUGGAAUAGUGGAAGGGAGAAUCGGGGGAAAAAAGAACACAAAGAAAUAAAAGUAAAAUAAGCAGAUUAAAACUUUAAGAGGAGGAAAAGGUGAUAUACAACCUUUUUUUUUUGUUGUUUUUUGUUUUCCUCCCCUCCGGUGUAAUUCGGGGGCUAGUCCCGAAGGCCCAGCUUGUGGGGGACGGGUUGCUCUGGGUUUUGUUAAUCAUGUCCAUCCUGCUCUGUGAGGCAGGGAGUGAUGUUUCUCAAUGAGACCUUCUAACAAAUUGAACUUUCCCAAUGGUGAUUUUGGUGAUGGUUAUUAUGAGUUUGUUGGUUUUAGUUUUCCAGAACACUGCUUUGUCUCGCAAUCAGUAAAGCUCAGCAAAUCUCACCCUGGGAGGAUACGAAAUCACCAUAAGGCUUCAACCUCCAGGUGUCUUCCCAGAAGCAAGCAGCUUCUGACAGUGCCGGCAGUCAGUAGCCCAAGAGUUCUGGUUUGAUAUCGUGCUCUUGAGGCAUUGUGGAUUUCUUUUCAUUUUAACAUUUUUUUUUUUGUGUGUGUGUUAAACUUUCCCAAAGCUGAUGAACGCCUCAACACAUCAGCCCUAUAAUCUCUGGUGCUUCAGUGUUUAAGACAGCAGGUAGGAAAUUUCCCACUUGAAGCUGGUAACUGAAGGACCAGUUUCUUCCAGGAGUGUUAGUCUACCAUAAGCAGUCUGAAAAGAAAGGGUUUGCAGAAAUUUGCCUUUAUAUGUAAUUUUCAAAGACAAGUGUAUCUGUUCAAUGCCUCCAAGAGCACAGUUAGAAGUAGAAUCAGGGCAGCUGGGCUGCCUUCCAAGUACUGUGGUCUCCGAAUGACCUUUUCCCAGUGUGCUGCAAAAGGGCUUGGCUUUAUUUUUUCCUUAUUUUGCACCCCGAGAGCAGCACACUUGAGUUAAGAUGACAAAAAAAGAACAGGGCUCUCUUUGGCCAGCGUGCCUUCAAGCUUCAGCGAUGCAUGUUGAACAAAUGGAGACGAGAGCUCCGUCCAUUGCGAAGGGAUGACUUUACCAUGUCGAUGUGGAAGACCUGUGCAGUAUUUUUUUUUUUUUUAAUCCAAAAGUUUGGUGCGAUUCUGAUGUUGACCACUUACAGGAAAUGAAUGUCUGUUUUCUUUUUUUUUUAUGGUGGCAACUGGCUACUGUAUAAUGUCUGUGAGCGUGUGUGUGUGACUGCAAUCCAUGCAUGCGAGUCCUACUGGUAAUAUGAAAACCUGCUGUAAGACUGCAAGAAAAUUUACUGUAGCUUUGCUUUAAUAAACGGUAGAGAUUUUGUUAGUAACAACCCGAAGGGAAAAAAAAAAAAAAGUAAGAGCUGAAACUAACAUUCCCUGGAGUGCUCGUGUGGAAGAGAGCACAAUUCAGACUAUGUAUCUUGUUCUUGGGUUUUCUCCCCGUCCCUUUUAUAAUUAUGGUCGUCCAGAUCAUUACUGUUAUGGGGAAAAAAAAUUGAAAACUGAACUCAGUCAUACUCAGAUUUGAUUGAUUGAAAACCAAAAUCAGUUUCAAAUGAGGUGGAAACCAAAAUAUAAUGUCUUUUCUGAUAA